AUGUCAAGCUCUAAGCCAUGUGCACAUACACAUCUCCAGCACGAGACAUCAGCGUACGCGAAUAUUGCGGGCUUCCAUCGUCCAGAUGCUGACCGUCGACUUGCUGCAACGACCAAGUCCGGGCGAAACCCGUGGAAAGUCAAAGGCAUCAGAGACACCACCAUUGAGUCAGAAAUACUCAAGUCGGCCCAAGAGCUUGCAGUUGCGUUUCCCGCUCCGUUAGUCUUGCCAAACGAUCAUCUGGCCUUGGACCCCAAGGAUCCGCCCCAAAGCUUUCGAUCCUGGCUACUGGAAGGAGAACGCAAUAAGCCGACGAAGAGGCGGAAGACGCUAUAUGUAGCAUCAGUGCCCGAGAUCACGAAACAGAUGCAGCACAUGAGCUCGUGGUUAAAGCCAAAUAUCGCGGAUGGCGGCCACAACAAGCAGUCCCAAGCCCCUGCUUCUGCAAUGGAGCCUCUCCUCGCCAAGGACUUUGUCGACUACCUCGGCGCGUUCUAUCACGGUAUGAGCGUGAAGCCAUUCCCACAACGCCUACAGUUUGUCCCUUGGGCAGAGAAGAGGACUAGCGGCGCCAAGGAGAAUCAUGUCGGUCUUACGAUUGAACAGAAAUGCGUCCGCAUACGCGCAAGACCAUCACCGGACGGCAUAUUCUCAGGGCAAUUGAACCUCGAAGAUAUACUAGACGCUGCAAUUGAAAUGCUUCCCACAGAUGCGUAUGCCCUCGUGCUGUUGAUAGACCACGAUAUGUACGAAGACGAAGACGACGACUUCUGCUGUGGCCGAGCAUACGGAGGCAGUCGUGUAUGUGUUGUCUCAUCGGCAAGAUACCAGCCUGUGCUCGACCAGUUUGAAAAUAUCGACUACAAUCACAUGUGGCCAGCAUCGCACUGCAAGUCCUAUGUAGAUAAAAUCUGCAGGAUGGGAGGCAUGACCACAUCCAAGCAGAAGCCCCAAAUGCCGUUGACUAGAUUAUCACAUCUGCGCUCAGCGAUUGACGAAGCGAAUGGUGACACCACAUCAGGGAGCCUACAAUAUCAGCGCGGGCUGUGGCUGUCUCGCCUGGUGCGAACAGUAUCCCACGAGCUUGGGCAUUGCUUGGGGAUGGGCCACUGUAGCUAUUACGCCUGUGUCAUGCAGGGAACAGCUGGCAUGGCAGAGGACCUGCGACAGCCUCCUUAUUUGUGUCCAGUAUGCCUUAGCAAGAUCACGCACGCCGUCGCGUGGGAAUUGCAAGGUCUCGACGAGGAACUCAAGCAGAAUUAUAUCACAAAACGUUACGAGGCAUUGAUCGAGCUUUGUGACAAGUGGAAAUCCGUUGGUAUGUUUGCUGCAUAUGGUGCAUGGCUGCGGGCAAGAUUGGAGCCUGUAAACUUUGGCCAACCAUAG